UUACGAACGACGUCAUCGUCUUCUGUUCUCUCAUUGGUUAAAACUUCAUUCUUCUGUUGGCAGUUUCUGCGCUCGUUUGCUGAAGAAGGCACGAUGUAAACACCAGUAAAUUCACACAUGGAUUUUCAAUUAUGGUCGUUGUUUUCGCGAAAAUCUUCGCUCUGCUUUGUGUUUUGCUUCUUUAUGGGAUUUCGCCGUCAACUCAAGCAGUUGAGGAAUCCAACCAUUCAUCCAUCUGAGCUCCUCCAGAUGUUCAUAUGUUUGCAAUAAGGUAUAUCAAGUACAAAACCAGGCUGAAACUCACCUGUAUGGUCACUGGCUUCUACCACAAAGACCUGAUGAUGAACAUCAGGAAAUAUCGCGCAUCUCUGCCUGAAAAUGAGAUUAAAUCCACAGGAAUCAGACCAAACCAUGAUGGAUCCUUCCAGAUGAAGAAGAGUGUGGAGAUCAAGGAGGGGGAUGAAAGAGCAGUAUAUUACUGUUGGGUGUUACACAAAUCCCUCAAAGAACCAAUUAUCAACAUAUGGGAUGGAAAAUGCUGGGAUUGCCCACCAGAGAUUCCCACUGGAGCAGUGAUUGUAGCAGUGAUUGGAGCAGUGAUUGUAGCAGAGCUUGUCCUGGCAGCUUUUGGUUUUUUGGUUUUCAAAAGGAUUAAUGCAGGACGAGAAAAUACUGGUGAAAUAUCAGACGUCAAUGUGACUAGCUCUCAGGAGGAUCUUUACCCACUGGAAAGUGAAGUGCAUGAGAGAAAUCGACCAACCUUAGUGCACCUUCAAGAGACCAAGGUCCCUGGUCCUCCACACAGUUUUUAUCAGGUCCCUGCAGAGAAGAUGGUGUUUCAGACCUGUGCUUCAGAGCAGCUUCUGGAAAUCCUGGAUUAUUUGGAAAGUGACAAUCUAAAGAGGUUCAAGUGGUAUUUGAAACAACGUGGGUUAGUUCCAGCCUCUCUCAUUGAGAAUGCAGAUAACACUGACGUAGUGGAUCAGAUGGUGAAUAGGUUUACACCAGAUGGCGCUUUGAUGCUCACAGUGAAAAUCCUGAAGGAGAUGAAUCAAAAACAUCUGUCUGAACAGUUAAUUCAUUAUUUAAAUAGUGACGAAAAUAUUUAUAAAUAUAAAUAUAAGUUUUAAUAUAAUAUUUUAUAGUUUAUAUAUGACAUAGUUGUAUACUUUUUUGUAAGACAGCGACAGAAAUUUUAUUGAACCCAAGAUUUUGAACUUUACUGACAAAUUUCUGUCAAAUGAACAAAUAGAACUUAGAGUUGAUAUGGUUGAUUUGAUCUUACUUAUAAAAUAAUCAUAUGCUUUGAAUGCUUAUUUGUGAAAUGGAUCAGCUUACAAACAAGGUUGAAGCUUUGAGCACAGAAACUUCAACACUCGUUGGGUGCUUCUCAAUUCUUAUUUGUGCAUCCUCAUUUCCUUUCCUUGUUUCCUUUCCUCGCGUCUUAGCUCCACCCCUUCAGGAUGCGAGGGAAGGACACAAGGAAAAGAUGCGAAGACGGAGGAAUUGAAUUAAGUGAAAUGAUAUCCUCGCUCCCUUUAGCGUCACUUCAAAGCGUCAUCAGCUGCACUCCAGGGAUCUAUCCAUAUGUUAUUAAAGUUUGGUUAUUUAAAAAAAUUAUAAUAAAUAUUAAUAAAGCAAGAUGCCCCGUUGAAAUAUAUGAGGUAUAAAGUUUAUUUAAAUUUAAAUUAUUGUGACAGAUAUGAAGGGGGAGGAGAAUUUAUUCGUGCGUCACAUUUCUCAACGAGAAAGACUUCCGCAAAGGAUGCACCUAUCCUCGCUCAUAACUCCUCAGGAAGCUUCCUCACUCCUCGAUCCUCGCCUCCUCGCGGUGCAAUUAGAGAAUUGAGAUGUCCUUCAAGAUGGCUGAGCUCGAUCGUUUUCCGGGUCAUAGGAUGGAGGACGGAGGAGCGAGGAGACGAGGAGGGAUAUUGAGAAGCACCCGUUGUAUCUGAAAUUGAUGUUUAACUGAUUUUCUGUUGAUCUUCUCAGAAAUGAGACUGAGAUGUAAUUUUAAUUUUAGCUAUAAGUGUUAGAUGGAAAAUAAAGCGAAGGUCUCAAACUUUAGCACUGAAAUUGUGUUGCAGUCUUCAAAAGGUGUUACGAGGCAGGCUGCAACCAAACAUUGUAUUUUAUAUAAAUAUGCAGCUGAAACUUGCUACAACAGGAAGCUGUGGGUUCAUAAGAUCUUUAUUUCUAUAAUGAAAUAAAUGAUGUGAUUUCUGCAACAGAAGUAACAGAAGUUUGCCACAACUUGGGCGAAGACAUCGUUGCUGUUUUUUAUUCUGAACUUUGUUAUUAAAUAGAAACCAAUAUAUUUGGCCAUUUUUA